CAGGGCCGGCUCUGUGGGCGGGCCGCCCUUCCCUCCCGAUGUGCGGGGAGGGGCACCCCAAGCCCGCGCAGCCUCCCUCCCUGCUCCCGGGGCGUUCCAGAUGCGGCUGCGGCACUGCAGGCGGGAGGACGACCCUCGCCCUCGAGGAAAGUGAGCCGAGUUAGCAGCGGUGUGGGGCCGCCGCGGUGAGCUGAGUUUCCCCUGCGCCCGGGGGUCGCGGGAAGUGAGUGCUGCAGAGCCUGCGGGACCUUGUCAGGAGGCGCCGGGCUCAGCCCCCUGAGCAAAGCGGCCGCCGGCGCCUCCCGCAUCUUCACGCAGGAGGCGGCCGGGCCGGCUGGGCACGGGCAGCUCCGCUCCUCUCCGCAGCGUCCGUCCAGAUUCUCCAGGAUUCCGGCAGGUGCGGUGUUGAAGAGCUCCCACAAGAGGGAAGGCUGCCCCCCAGGAUGGAGAAGACCAAGGCCCAGGACCCGGCCUCACAGGGGGACGAGGAGAAGGGCCCCCCCAGGAGCCACCAGUACUCAGUGGAGACGCCGUACGGCUUCCGCCUGGACCUUGACUUCCUCAAGUACGUGGACGACAUUGAGAAGGGCCACACCAUCAGGAGGGUUCCGAUCCACAGGAGGGCCAAGCAGACCAAGUUCAGCACUCUGCCUCGAAACUUCAGCCUCCCCAGCAGCGGCGAGCAAGCCCCAGCCGCCCCGCUCCCGCAGCGCUGGUCCCCCGCAGUGCCCAGGAAGGAGUCCCUGGGGCCACAGGACCAGAGCCAGCCUCCAGCACCACAGGGCAGCGCCGCCCAGGCCUGGGCCAGGGGCAGUGAGCUGAGCCACCCCAGGAAGGCCCAGCUGGCUGAGGCCGCUGGGCAGGGGGACGACACGAUGCCUGGCUGUGCCAGUGCCCGGCCGCAGCUCCUGCGGGCAUCCAGCAUGCCAGCCACACUGCCACCUGCCAGGGGCUCAGAGGCGUCCCCUGCACCCCCAGCGCCUCCUCCACUCCAGGACACAGGCAGUGCCUGGGACAACGCCUUCAGGCCGGCAGAGGGAUCUGCAGAUCUCCCCAGCCCCAGGCCAGGAGCAUCGGCUGGCGAGACCGUCAAGGAGCCUGGGGACUGGGUGCUGGGGGCCCCCAAGGAGGCCGAGCCGCCAGCUGGAGAGGAACAGGCUCCAGACCGUCCGUCUCUCUCCUUCCAGAACGCACAUGUGGUCCCGGAGGACGGGAGGGGUGAAGGCCAGGCACUGGCAGUGUCCACGCCGGGCUCCUCCACCCCGAGCCCCCCGCCUCUGCCGUCUCCAGUGCCCGAGAGCGAGCUGGCUCUGGCGGAGAUAGAGCUGAGCAUCAGCGAGCUCCCGCCUCCACCACCACCCCUGGAGAUGGCUGUGCGGAGUGUGGGUGUGCGGGUCACCGAGGAGGCCCUGGGCCUGGGCGACGGCCUGGGCCAGCAGCUCCGGGCCCUGCAGGACGAGCUGGCCAGCCGCGCUGAGCAGCUGGUCAGGGUCCAGGCGGCCCUGGAGGCCAAGGAGCAGCGGAUUCGCGAGCUGGAGGGCGCAGUGGCCCAGCUGGAGGAGAAACUCGGCGCGGAUGCCCAGGGCUCCCAGGGCCGCGUGGACUCUGCAGUGAGCACCGAGCAUCUGUGUGGCCUGCACCGUGUGGACACCUGUGACAAGGGCGUCGAGGUCGCCCUUCUGAGCCCCAUGGACUCUGGAAGUUGGAGAGCCCUGGGGGAGGAGGGCGGCCCUCUCUGGGUGACAGACAGUGCCCCACCCACGGACCAGCGCCCAGCCCAGCUGCCCCUGCCUCAGGGACCCGGGACUGCCCCUGCCUCCCCCGUGCGCGGCUGCCUCUCCGUGGAGCUCAGGAUCGAGGAGCCAGGGCCGGCGCAGGAGGAAGGCCUAGCAGCGGAGGGCACCACAGACAGCGACGGGGAGACUGCGCCUGCAGCCAGGGAGGAGGCUGGCUCCCAGCACCAGGGGGCGCUGCCCGGGUCCCCGCCGGAUGCCGCCCUGGGGCAGUAUGUGAGGAAGAUCCAGGAGCUGCUGCAGGAGCAGUGGAGCUGCCUGGAGCACGGCUACCCCGAGCUGGCCAGCGCCCUGCGGCAGCCGGCGUCCCGGCUCAGUAACAUCCGAGGCCAGCUGCUCAGCUCGCUCAGCCUGCUGCUGUCGGCCUGCGCGGCCCAGGGCCCCCCGCAGGAGGCAGCGGGGCACCCGGCUCCCUCUCCAUCAGCCCCGGCCCCGCCGGCCUCCGAGCUCUCCCCGUCGACCAGCCUUAAAUCCAUAAUGAAAAAGAAAGACUGUGGCUUCCGCGCAGGAGGCAAUGGGACCAAAAAGAACCUUCAGUUUGUUGGGGUUAACGGUGGCUAUGAGACCACCUCCAGCGAGGAGACCAGUGGUGAGGACAGCUCCCCCGAGGACCUGUCUGACAGCGAGGCUGAGAAGAAAUGCAGUGACCUAGAGUGCGUGCAGGAUGGGGACGCCCCCUCGCAGGGCCACCCUGAGGACACCUGCAGCACAGCCCGGGAAAGUGGGACCGAGGAGGGAGCUCCCCACUCCAAGGCUGAGAGGUGCAAACCCUCGGAAGAGUUCCUCAGCGCAUGCCGGGCCCUGAGCCGACACCCGCCAGAUGCCACAGCCGCCGACCCGCUCCUGGAGCGAAGCUUGAGCACCUUCAGCCAGGAGUGGUUCCGCGUGUCCAGCCGGAAGUCGUCCAGCCCUGCCGUGGUGGCCGCCUACCUCCUCGAGGUGCAGCCGCUCUCGCCGAAGCUCCUGGAGCUGCUCGUCAACCUAGCGGACCGCAACGGGAACACGGCGCUGCACUACAGCCUGUCCCACGCCAACUUCCCGGUCGCCAAGCUGCUGCUCGACACAGGCGUCUGCGCCGUGGACCGCCAGAACAAAGCGGGCUACACUGCCGUGAUGAUCACGCCCCUGGCUUCCGCGGAGACCGCCGAGGACAUGGCCGUGGUCCGGCAGCUCCUCCGGGAAGGGGAUGUGAACAUCCAGGCCACACAGGGAGGCCAGACGGCGCUCAUGCUGGGCGUCAGCCACGACCGCGGGGACAUGGUGCGCGCGCUGCUGUGCUGCCAGGCGGACGUCAACCUGCAGGACCACGAGGGCGCCACAGCCCUCAUGCUGGCCUGUCGCCACGGCAACGCAGACCUGGUGCGGCUGCUCCUGGCCCAGCCGUCCUGCGACAGCAGCCUGGCCGACAAGGCCGGCCGCACAGCUUUGUCCAUUGCACUGCAGUCGCCGGCCCACACGGAGAUUGCGGGGCUCCUGCAGGCCCACGCGGAGCAGGCCGGGCGCCCAGGGCCGGAGGGGCCGCAGCAGAACUGAGGCUGGGACAGCCGGCACCUCUUGGGGUGCGUCCCACCGAGAGGAGUCCGCUGGCCACGUCCCUUCGAUGGAGCCGCCGGGCUUCCCCUGGGGUCACACCCCCUGCGGCAGUUCUGCCCGGGCUCCCGCUCCACCCUUGGGCCCAGGGCGCCCGCCCGGGCCCAGCCAGGGGAAGCGGUCGGUGCACUGUCCAGUGAAGUGCACAGACACGCCCCGUGCAAGAGGCCUGGGAGAGUCUGAGCGGACUUCGGGGCACCGUGGGGACCCUGGGGUGUCCCCUCAAGGACAGGGCUGGGGAAGC